AUGGCCACAGUAUCUGGAGCGUGUGUGAUCUCAAAAGUCUCUGGUCUUGUCCAGAUCCGCGAGGACACCACGCCGUCCAAGCUUAUGUGGAAGGCAAUCGACCAGGACAAGUCUCUUGAGAUCCCACUCAAUGCGUUAUCGAGGCUCCAGACUACACCCGAUUCGUCUCCCAAGAUGGUGCUCAAGCUCUUUUAUUCAGAGCCGCCAAGCACAGAAGUAAAGGACAUCAAGCUUUCGUUCAAUAAUCGACAGACAAUGACGGCGGUCAAGGAGGCGCUCCAGACGAUUAUUGCUAGGCAGAAGACGGUCAUCAAGGACACAGAUGGACAAAGUACCGCUACAGCGUCGCCAGCGCCUGGAGAGAAAGAUGCAACAGCCACUCCCGAGGGGACUCCUGCUCCAGGAAAUCCUUUGGAUUUUUCAAGCCCGAAAUCUUUGUCAGAUGCUAGCCUUUUGAAAAACCACGAGCUCCAAAAGAAAGUGUUGCUUGAUGAUCCGAACUUGCGUAACAUAUUCACGCAAUCGGUCAUUAAGUUCAAACUCUCUCCCACCAUGUUCUGGUCAAGUCGUAUUGGCCAGCUACGAACUUGCGCCUUGCAGAUCUCCCAGCAUAGGGGCCCGUAUAACGUUCUUUCUACAAUCAAGCCAGUUGCAACGUCAGAUAAUCAGGUUAAUGUCAACGUCACGAGAUCUACAAUCAACGAGAUUUUUGAAACGUACCCUAUCAUCAAGCGUGCAUUUAACGAGCUCGUCCCUGCCAAGCUCAGUGAAGGUGAGUUCUGGUCGAGAUUCUUCAACUCAAAGCUUUUCAGACGUCUCCGUGGUGACAGAAUAAAUACACAGAACACACGAGGCGAUGUCAUCAUUGAUAAGUAUCUCGAAGAGUCUCUGGAAGUCCCAGACACGAGUAAGAAAUCAGCCUCUGAGAAGAUUAACACUCGGGAGAAAUACCACGUUAAUAAGUUUCUUGAUCUUUUCGGGAACGACCAAGAUAACUCACAAAAGUUGGGGUUGCUGCCUGAUUUCACCAUGAAGUUCUCUGAUGAGCAUGCAGAAGGUAACGACGGGACAGCACCAGGCCAGCAGUCUAAACGGGAUAAUGAGAUGGUGAUUUUGAUGAAAAACAUGAACAAGCUUUCGAGUAAGAUGGUUGACAUGAAUGCUGAGGAGGCCAAGAAAUCAGAAGACGCUGCCGAGGAAGUCAAAGAGCAUGAGCAAGAGCUAGAUCUCAACGACUUGAAUGAAACUGAAGAUUUGCAGUUCAUUCAGCUACACCUUGACACCGACAGAGCGAGGGUGAUUGCUCUGCACAAGAGAGAGAAGACUCCCGAGGACGAGAAUGUGUCUUGUGAUGAACUCGGUCUGUUCUUGAUAAGUAACGAGUUCAAAGCCUCUGCCACUGGAACUGAUUUGAGUGAGACGUACAAGUCUCAGAGCAACGAUAUUGCGAAGGCUGCCACAGAUAUCACUGCUCUUGUGAAAUACAACUAUCGCACGUUUAGAUCCUUACAUAACUUGAGAGAUGCAACUGGCGCAACUGGCGAGAAGCUUCUUCCUCAGGACGUCGUCCAAGACCUACUAACUUACAACGUCACCAUUGUCGAGUUUUUGCUGCAUUUCUGGAAUUUAUUCCUUAACUCGGGAAAUCCCACUCAAUUGAAGAAGAUUUUCACAAACUUGAGAACGUGUCAAAGAGCUAUUGAAGCACUUGAACUGAAGAUCUCAUCGCUUAUUUCCGAGAACCCCCAUGUUAAAGCGAACGAAAAGCUCCAGCCGAAGCUAUUAAAGGAUUUGGAAAGCUGUGUGGCACCCCUCAAAAGCAGCUUACACAAAGCAUGCAAUGAAUAUAUUGCGGCUGUAAAAGCAUCGCAAAAUGAGGAUUCAAAGCUCAACAGUAAUGGAAAGCGUCCUCUAGAAGCAUAA